AUGAGGAAACACACAGGACACAAGAUCUUGUUGGAUCAAGACUAUUUCGAUCCUUUGAGCGUUCAAGUCGACGUAGGGCUGCCUCCUCCACCGUCUCCCAGUCAUAAAAUCGAACAGUUCAAGCUCAAAACUAGAUCGUUCUCACACACAUCACACUCACCAUUUUCUGCACAGGUUUCGAUCUCACCAGGCUCUGAUCAUGUCUCUUCACAAUUUGCACAACACUCCUUUUCCAACAGACACACGAUGACGGAGAAGAAACUGGGAAGCAGCCCCAAAAGGGCAGCUUCCUCACCCCUUCAGUUGGAAAAUAACGGCUCAGACUCUUCACUAGUCACAAGUUUCAUCAAUAGUUACAAGGAUAUGGGCGAUUCUGACUCCUAUCCUGCGAACUCUGACUCAGAGCACUCUUUAUUCUCGCUUCAAACUCAUUCUUCCAAAGAAUCCCUACCCAAAGCUGAUUUCAUCAAUACCUACUCGAAACCGCUGCCUUCUAUUCCAAUCGAAACUUUCAACCAAGCUGAUGUGAGAGACUACAACCUCAGCUCUCCGCGCCGCCAAACUCACUCUCAGUCUCCACCAAAACCGAAACCGCAACCCAAAAAACACCACAUGGCGCCUCCUGAUACAACUAUUUUCACCAGAAAGCCAACGUACAUCAGAAAACAGCAUCGAUCACCCUCCGAUCAGGCAGUACGUGAUGCUGGGAUCGAGCCAUUCAUGCUCGGCGGGUAUCAGCCAACCAAAACGUUAAAGAUCGUAAAUUAA